UUUUUUCACAAAUUUCACAAAUUAAAACUUUUUAAGACUUUACUGCGGUUUAUAUUCAGUUGUUUUGAAAGCCUGAGAUGCGUGAGUCUCUGAAUAGUAUAGUCAAUCAGACUCUGAACUACAUUUCACAACAUUUACUUUACAGUCUGUGCCGGCUCUGUUUUCAACACCAGGCACCUGCAAAUCUGGUGGCUGGCAAAGUGGGCAGGUUUUGUUUUAUCCAAUAGCAAUCGAGAACGGUUUGACAGACCCCCGGUUUAACCAAUAGGAGAGCCGGCUCACCCCGGGGUGGGCGGUGCUUCCUUCUCAGUGACUGUAUUCAAUAUGGAGUACAGAACAUAGACCGAUUCAGCCUGCAUCGCAUUGCUCUCAUUCCUGUUUUGUAACCACAUAUCUUCUUCUUUUUAUUUUUAUUUUUUGCCUCUCGGACACACUUUAUAAACGCUCCCCCGUAGAUGCCAGCCUCCUGGACUCGCUAACGUAGGUUUGACAUAUUUCUUAAAUAUUUAAGUUUUGUGGGUGAAUUGAUAACUGCAGCAGCCACGCAGGACGGGGCAGUGAAAACUGCGGCAACACUUCAAAACUACUACUUUACACACAAAACGCUACAUCGUAUCUCUGUAGCCGGACGGGAGAAAAGUUAGAUUUUUAAUUGAUUGAAAGCGGUCGACUCGGUGUCAAGUUGUGCCAAGCGGUGGGGUUAUCGGGUGAAAGGUUGCCUCGCUUCACUGACUUGAUAGGUAAGUUGUAAAUGACAAUGACCGGUGGAACUGGUUUUGUUUACUAUCUCUGAUGAUUGCCCUGCUCUUUUGAUCACCGUUUGAGGUUCCCGUGUAGUUGUUCCCCACUACUUUUACGAAGUUGUCCAUGUGUACUUGGGUGUACCAGGCUGUGCUGCAGGACUUCAGCCUUCUGAGGGGGAAGCCAUGCAGGCUUAAAGCCUGAGCCCACUCUUUUGUAAAAAGCCCAUCUGUGUGUUUCUACUCCGUGACAAGAAUGCACAAUGCGGCGAGUGUCUCAGCCUCUCUGGGGUCCAUGGGACUGUUGCGCCUCGUCGGGGUGACCUGGUCCUGGAGUCUGGUUGCAGGCCUUGGAGUGUAUUUGGGCACAAAAAGCUGGAAGUACUUCUACAUCGCAGCACGCACUGCCAAGAGAGACCUCAAUGGCCUGUAUGUGCUGUUGAGAGUAAAGCUGGCUUUGUGGCGUUACGUGCGCUCCGCCAGCAACAUACCUUCCAUAUUCGCCCAAACCGUCAAACGCCACCCAAAUAAACCUGCGCUGAUCUACGAAGCCACAGGGGAAACGUGGACCUUCACCCAGCUGGACCAGAUCUCGAAUGCCGUGGCGCACUGGGCACGAGGUCAAGGAUGGGUCUCUGGAGACGUGGUGGCCCUCUUCAUGGAGAGCAGGCCGUUACAGGUGGCUCUGUGGCUCGGCUUGGCCAAGGUCGGGGUGGAAGCUGCACUCAUCAACUUCAGCCUCCGCUGUGAUCCUCUCCUGCACUGUAUCGGUGUGUCGGGGUCACGGGCCAUAGUGUUUGGAGCUGAGCUUGCUGAUGCCAUGUUGGAGGUCAGUUCCAGCCUCAGCCAGUCCAUGGUACGGUUCUCCACAGGGGACCUCAGUGUUGAACAUCUGGCAAGUCUCGCUGCUCAACCUCUGGACCCCAUUCUAGCUGCUGCACCGAGACAUGAACCUUCACCUUGUGACCCUCCUAAAGGCAUGAAUGACCGCCUGUUUUAUAUCUACACCUCUGGGACCACAGGACUGCCCAAGGCUGCCAUUGUGGUGCACAGUCGCUACUACAGAAUUGCCGCUUUUGGGUAUUUCGCCUUCCGCAUGCGCUCUGAUGACAUUGUGUAUGACUGCUUGCCUCUGUAUCAUUCAGCCGGCAAUAUUAUUGGCGUGGGCCAGUGUCUGAUCCAUGGGCUCACUGUGGUGGUGAAGAAGAAAUUCUCUGCCAGCCGCUUCUGGGAAGAUUGCAUAAAGUACAACUGCACUGUGGUGCAGUACAUUGGGGAGAUUUGUCGCUACCUCCUGUCGCAGCCGGUCCGACCAUCUGAGAAAGGCCACAAAGUUCGCCUGGCUGUGGGGAACGGGCUGCGCCCCAGCGUGUGGGAGGCCUUCACGGAGCGUUUUGGGGUGGCGCAGAUCGGCGAGUUCUACGGAGCGACGGAGUGCAACUGCAGCAUCGCCAACAUGGACGGCAAGGUGGGAGCCUGCGGGUUCAACAGUCGCAUUCUGCCCAAUGUGUAUCCCAUCCGUCUGGUGAGGGUAGAUGAGGACACCAUGGAGCUGGUGCGGGACAGCCGGGGCCUGUGUGUGCCCUGCCAGCCUGGAGAGCCGGGGCUUCUUGUCGGCCGCAUCAACCAGCAGGACCCGUUACGACGAUUUGAUGGCUAUGCUAACCAGGAUGCCACAAGGAAGAAAAUAGCUCAGAAUGUCUUCAAGAAAAACGAUACUGCAUAUAUAUCAGGUGACGUGCUGGUGAUGGAUGAUUUGGGCUAUAUGUACUUCCGGGACCGCAGCGGGGACACCUUCCGCUGGCGAGGAGAAAACGUUUCCACCACUGAAGUGGAAGGCAUCCUCAGCAAUCUCCUAGCGCAGACCGACGUGGCCGUGUACGGUGUGGCAGUGCCAGGUGUGGAAGGAAAAGCUGGCAUGGCAGCCAUCGCGGAUCCUGCCGGAAGUUUUGACUGCAGCAGUUUCUUGCAGAAUAUACAGCGAGUUCUGCCGUCGUACGCUCGGCCGGUCUUCCUGCGGAUCUCCCCACAUGUAGACACCACCGGUACAUUCAAAAUCCAGAAAACCAGACUCCAGAGGGAAGGAUUCGACCCGCGGCUCACAACCGACCAGAUCUUCCUUUUGAAUCCAAGAGCUGCGUGUUACGAGGCCGUGGAUGAAGCGCUGUACAAUGCUAUCGUGGAGGGAAGAAUGCCUCUAUGACACGGAGGCCGCCGCGGCGUGAUCCGGGUGCCUCCGUUUGACAGGUGCUGCUGAAGGCGAGAGUACUGCGUGAACAGUGUUGGUUGGAUUUUAAUCAUUCAGGGAACAAGUUGGGGGAAAAAAAAAAAAAAAAAAACCUACUCACAUAGAGAGGACUGUUACAGAUGAAGUUUUUAACACUGU